GGGGCGGGGAGGUAGGACGCCACGCCCUCCCUCUGUUAGACUAGCCGGCCGGCGCAGGCCAGGAAAACGGCGGAGCCGAGCCUUGCCGAGCGCGAUGCCGGCAGCCUUUACCUGGCCCAGCGCGGGAGCCGCGCCGCCGCAGCGCCGCCGACAGCUUCGAGGCCGGGUUCUAAUUCUGACGGUCUGUGCUGCUGGCAUUGGGGGCACCUUCCAAUAUGGCUACAACCUCACCAUCAUCAAUGCCCCUUCCACAUUUAUCCAGACCUUUACGAAUGAGACGUGGCUAGAGCGGACGGGCAGCCCCUUGGAGGGAAGGGUGAUCACCCUCAUCUGGUCCUUCAUCGUCUCCAUCUAUUCUUUGGGAGGACUCGUUGGAGCCCUCCUUGCAGGCCCCAUGGCCAUUAAGCUGGGAAGGAAGACAUCUUUGUUGCUGAACAACCUGUUUGUGGUCUUUGCUGCACUGAUGGUGGGAUUCAGCCGGAUGGCAAAAUCCUUUGAAAUGAUUUUGCUGAGCAGAUUUUUUGCAGGAAUAAAUUCUGGGGUGGCCAUGAGCAUUCAGCCCAUGUACUUGGGAGAAAGUGCCCCCAAGGAGUUCCGCGGAGCCAUGGCCUUGACAUCUGCAUCCUUCACUGCCCUGGGGUUAGUCCUGGGGCAGGUAGUUGGACUGAGAGAAAUACUCGGAGCAGAGGAGAUCUGGCCUCUCCUUCUGGCCAGCAAUGUGGUGCCUGCUCUGAUCCAACUGCUGUUGCUGCCCUGGGCCCCAGAAAGCCCCCGAUACCUAUUGAUUGACCGAGAAGAUCAGGAAUCUUGCAUUUGCGCCUUGCGGAAGCUGCGGGGGGGCGGUGACUUGAGCAGCGAGAUGGAGGAGAUGCUGGCUGAGCAGGAAGCCCUCCGAGGGGAGGUGGCCAAGACGCCCUGGGCACUGUUUGCAGAACCAGCUGUGCGGUGGCAGCUGAUCACCAUCGUGGUCCUCAGCAGUGCCAUGCAGCUCUGUGGCAAUGACUCGAUGUACUUCUAUGCUUCAUACGUCUUCCAAAAAGCUGGGAUCCCUGAUGACAAAAUCCAGUACAGCGUUAUUGGCACAGGGAGCUGUGAGCUCAUCACAGCCAUGACUUGUAAUGUCAUCAUUGAGCGUGCCGGGCGACGGAUGCUGGUGGUCGGUGGCUACAGCCUCAUGGCCGUGUGGGCCAUUGUCUUCAUGGUGUCUAUGUCUCUGCAGGACCAAUUCAACUGGAUGCCCUACCUCAGUAUGGCUUGCAUCUUCGCCUACAUCCUGAGCUUUGGAAUUGGACCAGCUGGCGUGACAGGGAUUAUACCCACGGAGAUUUUUGAUCAGGUGUCCCGCCCAGCUGCCUACAUGAUCUGUGGUUCUCUGCUCUGGACCAACUUGUUCCUGGUGGGCAUGGCAUUUCCUUUCCUUGUGGAAGGCCUUGGGCAGUACUGCUACCUCCCUUUCUUCACCGUUUGUGUUUGUGCUGCUCUCUAUGUUGGUUUCUUCCUCCCUGAGACAAAAGGAAAAACCUUCUUGGAAAUCUCAGCAGAAUUCAACAAGCGGAACUUCAAAGCCCAGGCCUGUGAGAAUUCUUGGAGUCCUUCUGAAGAAACCAAGUCCACCAUGUUGUAUGUCAUGACUGCUUUCGUUGCCCCCUCUCCUACUGAUUUCUUUGGCCCCUGGUUUCAGGAUUCAGAUGGGAUGGAGUUGUUUGGGAUUCAGUUCCGGCGAGUGUUCCAAAUGAUCCUUGUGGUGGGAAUGGGUGGGACCCUCCUUAUUGGCUUCCAGUUCUCUGUGAUCACCUAUCCUUCCCAGGACAUAAAGAGAUUUAUCAACAAGACGUGGGUAGAGCGACAUGGCUCCCCCCUCUGCCAUGAGACGCUCACCUUGCUGUGGUCCUCGAUUGUGUCCGUUUACUGCCUGGGUGGGCUGCUCGGCUGCCUCUUGAGUGCACACCUGACCACCAGAUACGGAAAAAAGAAAACGUUGAUGUGCAAUGACCUUGUCAUCAUCACAGCUGCCCUCCUCAUUGGCUUCAGUGAGAUAGCCAAGUCUUUUGAAAUGAUCCUGAUAGGCCGCUUCCUCUACGGCUUCAGUGCAGGUAUCUGCCUGAAUGGCCAUGGCCCCUAUGUUGGAGAAAUUUCACCCAAGAAGUGGAGAGGUUUUGCUAUGGCCACUACCUCUGUGUUUUUCUCACUAGGAAAAGCCUUGGGACAAAUUAUGGGCUUAAGAGAUCUUUUUGGCACGGAGGCUUUAUGGCCAUUGCUCUUGGCUCUGUGUGGGUUCCCAGCCCUGUUGCAGUUCCUGCUCUUGCCCUUCUUCCCAGAAUCCCCUCCAUACCUGUUGAUCCAAAAGGAAGACAAAGAAGGCUGCUUAAAAGCCUUGAAGUACCUCUGGGGUGACGCACCUUGCCAAGCAGAGCUGGAGGACAUGAUGAAGCAGAAGGCGGCUGCGAGGGGCUCCAAGAGCCUGGGCGUCCUGGAACUGAUGAAGGAGCAGUCCUUACGGUGGCCGCUGGGCAUUGCCAUCCUGCUGAUCGCCACCCUGAACCUCUGUGGCUUGAGUGCCAUCUACUUCUACACCUUUGAAGUUUUCCGCACAGCCAAGCUUGAGGAAGCCCUCAUCCCUUACGUAGCUCUUGGGGUUGGCACCUGCGAAUUUGCUGCCACUAUCCUAUGUAGCUCCAUCAUUGACCGCUUGGGCCGGAGGAUUCUCCUGUGGGGGGGCUUUGGCAUGAUGGCGGUGGUCUUGGCCCUCUUCGUACUGGCCCUCUCUCUUCAGGAUCAAUUCCCCUGGGUUUCGUUUUGCAGCAUCGGCCUCAUUUUCUUGUUCACCCUCUUCUAUGGACUCGGCCCAUCUGGUGCUAUCUUCUCGGUUAUAAUGGAGGUUUUCAGUCAGUCGGCAAGACCGUCAGCUCUGACCAUCAUAGGGACCAUCAGCUGGGUGGGCCUUUUUGUGGUCGGGAUGAGCUUCCCAUUUGUUGUGGAGGCCCUUGGCCACUUCUCCUUCCUUAUCUUUUUGGCUGUGCUUGUUGUGGUGGGGAGUUUCAUCUACAUGUACCUUCCGGAGACAAAGGGAAGAUCCAUCAGUGACAUCACAGAAGAACUCAACAGGAUACGUUUGGGGAAGAAAUUUAUUUGCAGUACUCAAGGAAAGACUUCCUCUGCUGACCACAGUUUUUGUACCAAGUUAUGAUUGAUCAGGAAAGGCAAAGAAAAAGGUCCCUGCUGCUGAGAUAGAAUGGACUCUGAGGCCUGAGUAGAGGUGAGGUUAAAUGUAUCUUUGCAUCUGACAUGCAGGUUUUCUAAGAAUGCAGAUUGCAUCAGCUGAGGGGCUGGCAAUGAUUAAGAGGAUCAGAACAGGCAUUGAGAAUUCAAGCCUCUCUUCCCUGGCUGUGGUGCUGAAUAAAAUCCCUCUUCUGAAGAUAGCAUUUGCAUGGAGGGAGGGGGGAUCACCCAUAACUGCCAGUCAGAGUCUGUCCCCCCAAAAAAGCAAAUGCCAUCUCAAGAAAAGGGAUUCUCCUCAGAACCAAAGCAGAGGAGGAAAGGGUUAAAUUCCUCCCUCUGUCUUGCUCUGAUCUCAUUAAUUAUCAACCCCUUUGCAUUCUUUAAAAAUCCAUGCAUUACAUUCAAAGGCUCAUUUAACUACAUGUCUACGUUUGGCCUUUAUUUGAGGACACCACAUUUUGAAAGGCUGCAGGUAGAUUCCACCUAGAGUUUUUGUUUACUGCAAAUCAAAUUCCUGCGAGUUCACCAUGAACAGAAUUAGUUGCAUAAAUUAAAUAAGUUAUCUGGGGAUUUUUAGCAAUACAAGUGACACCAGUAUAUGUGAGGCAGAAGCUGAACUCUCAUUAUUGCUGGGAUAGUUUGUCCUGAUUGUAACACAGCAAAAUAGAGGCUGAACUCUUGGGGUAUGGAUGGGUGAGGAAAACACAUGGGAGAGUGGGGCUUCCUUUGGCCACCCUCCUGCCUUUCACCUUUAUGAGCUUCUUUCUGAAACCAUGAGUACUAGAAACUUGAUGUUCUACAAUUUGAAGUGAAAUCUGGUCAGAAGGACCAAUGUACCUGCUGAAUGCUGCUAAAUGUUUCACAGUGUGUACUUGGGACCCUGUGAUGAGGAAACAGGGCUCCCCACCCGCCUGAUGGGCAUCUUCUCACUACAGCCCAUUGUUGGAAGGCAGAUGAGGCAUCCUCCCUUGCCUGCUGCCUUAUCCAGCAUUUUCCAGACACUCCUGGGGAGGGUGGAACUUGGCUGCGGUGUCAUGUUGCCACUGAUCAAGUUGCCAAGAACAAGACCCUUUUGUGUUCAUUCUCUGAUCAAUGUGUUUCCUGAAAAGUCAAAGUACUUUGGGGAAUAUAAGAACUUGUAAAACGAGCCCCUGCUAA